UGGACAGAUGUUCAAAGUCUGAAGUCAACGCUUCUUGACGCCAAAGUUGUAAAUAUUGAAUCGUCUGUUUCAAGAGCCCCGAGGUUAGCUGAUAAUAUCUGGGGGGGGGCGGGGGUAAUUUACUGAAAUUGCUGCGCGAGCAAACAUUGUAAGCAAACUGAAAAUAGUAACUAACGUUAGUUAGCUAUCAAAACGAAAGCUAAUAUAUGCCAUCUACCGUAAAGCGUUGAUUAGCUAGCUAACGAUUUAAGUGACAUACGAGAGAUGCUGGUUACGACAGUUGGCAAGGCUUAACGCUACAUCUGUAAGGGCUGCCUUCGUGUAACUUAAAUAACAUACAUAAAUGUUAAGUAGUUAUUCUAGUUAAUAAUUCUUACCACACCCUCGAUCACAUCGCCGUGGAAUACGUCCAGUGUAACGCUUCCUUGUCUGUUUUUAGGUCGCCUUACGUGAGUCUCACCGACGAGUCACAAAUUUCCCCGUCGGAACGUGUGAGCCGCGGCAAGUGUUUCCACGGGGAUGUCUAAACGGGGGCAUUUCCGGACAUUGGCUGCGUCCGGUCUCGAAAUGCUUCCCCUUAAAUAUACAAGGAAGUAAGGGAAGCUUAUCUAUUAGUGAACGCGAUGUUUCGUCGUAUUAAUUAAUUGAUGUUGCCCUAAUCGCCCGAGUUACCGUAAUGGAUUCCAGGGUGUCUGAAAAUAAAGGAUCUCGGCCGUUGAGACGGUCGACGAGGCAGUCAUCGGGCACCGUUAAAGUAUUGACUGUUGAACCGACCAUCAGGGGUCCUCUCAAGAGAACCAGAAAGGAGUUAAAAAAACAAGCUCUGGUCCCAGCUGUCAAUGGUUCCGGCGAUGUGGAGACUGACUCAGACGAUGACGAUUCCCCGAGCAAGAAGAGCCGGGCAGAGACAGGGGAUGAAAGUGGGGAUGAGAAGGAGAUGGAUGUCCAGGAAUCGGUUGAAGAUCUAGAGAACAAUGAAGACCUGGAAAUGGAUAAUAUACAGGAUGCCUCUUAUGGAACUCAUCAACCAACAACAUACCACGGCAACCGUGGCGAUAUACAUUUAUCCCCACGAGUUGAUCUCGGUGUACGCCACAGAUCCAGUCUUGCUGAAAAUGAAGAAUCGGACUGGAUGAAAACCAAGAGUGUAAAACCAUCAACAAAGGAACCUGUAGCCCCCACCAAGUCUGCCACACAAAUCAGACCAUCAGCAAAAAGACACGAUGGGUUGGUCACCAGCAUGGCCGACUACAAGAGGAAGAUGGAGGCCAAGACCACUGGUAUACAAACAGUUAACCAUCACGUCCCACGUGUGUACCCAGCCUCAGAGAAAUCCUACACAACGCGACAAGGUUUUAUUAACAUUCCGAAACAAAAAGAAACAGCUCGGUACAAAAAACAAGGGAUAAAGAAAACUGCUGUUAUCAAGAAAAGCUCUGGAUAUUCCAAUCGCGGAUUCAUUUGGUGUUCAUGGUAUCUGGUUCUCCUGGUGCUGCUCUGUUCAACCCUCUUGCUGGCAUGCAAGAUCAUUCCUAUACUCAAAAAGACUGCAGAUGGUGGAACGCAUCCAUCCAGGGCUGUAAAGCCAGAAAUAUUUGCUGAUCAUUUGUCUCUUCUUGAGACUCAGUUCCCAAAUCAGCGGCCUGAGUUGUGGAGGAUGAGCAAGAUCCACCUGGAGAGGCACCUCCAAAAAGCAGAGCCCACUGAGCCGGUCAGUCUGAUCUUUACCGCAGGCCGCAGGGCUGAGAGGACACUGCACUGCCUUGCUCAGCGGCUGGCCGCCUCCUUCUCUUCUGCCCUUAACGCCUCCGUCCUUCACAUUGAUGGAGCCAGUAAAUCCAGCCAGGACAGCGACGAGGUGAAGCUGGACAUCGACAGUCAGUUGCGAGCAGCCUUUGAAGGAAACCAACCAGUGGCUAUCAUUCAUCGCUUUGAAGAGCUUCCUCCAGGCUCCACCCUCAUUUUUUAUCGCUACUGCGACCACGAGAACGCUGCAUUCAAGCGAGUGUUCUUGUUGUUUACUGUGCUUCUUCCUCAAGAUGAGGUCAAGGGUGACCAGAGUCUGAAAGACUUGGAGGAGAUGGUGCACGACUAUGUCAAGGAAAGGCUGGUGGACACUAGCAACCAAGCCAGUUUCAAUGACAUGGACAACGACAAGUACGGGGGACUGUGGAGCCGCAUCUCCCAUCUUAUCUUACCUGUAGUGUCUGAGAAGGAAGUAGAGCAGAAAGGAUGCUGAUGAACCACGCUAGCCACCAACGAGGAUGUCAGAAUACCACUUUGGACCAGCCUCAUCCUCCUUGGCAACGUGCAGGAGCAAUGAACCAAAGAAGCAACAUGUAAAUAUAACAUAUACACUUGAGUUUGAAUGAUUGACCGUUGUAUUAAUCUCUCUGUCAGAGAUGAGGUUAUACUUGCGCUGCUGUCUAAUCUUGAUUCUGUUUAACUGCUCUCAAAAUGUUGAGUUUUUACACAUGCAUAUAUAUUAUAUAGUUUUCCUUCUGAAUUCUUCCGCUUUAUUUGUACCCAUCUAAGAAGAGCUUUUUGUGAACGAUCAGCAUGGAUUACACUUGGUCUUUCUUUGGAACGAAGGAAAAAGGUAAUUUUUCAUGGACUUCUUUGUUUUAGGAGAAAAUGUAUAUUCCCUAUUCUGCAUCGAUUGGUGGUUUGCUUUGUUCUUCUGUUUAAUGUCCCCAUGGAGACGUGUGAUCCAUUGUUCAUUUAAUUCUCUUGUGUACACAAUUGGAUUUGCACUAACAACAUCUUUGCUUUAUCUGUCCUGAUUGAGAGUGCUGGCUUUUAUUAAGAUCAAUAUUUUAUAUUCUUAGUUUUUUCAGAAUGUGUAUUUGUGCUAUGUUGUCUCUUUCCUAGGUUGGAAUAUUAUUUUGA